CAUUUAUCGAAGUCUCGCUGCCGGUACCUCGGGUCGUGAGCCGAUGCGGGGUAAAAUCAAAUCUCGCUGUUACUCCGAACAUAUACGCACAUCCCAAGAAUAUAAAAAUCCAGGCGAGUCUCCAAUCAUUCAUGUGAAAUAUCUCUCAAAAUGGACCCAACACCCUCUCUUCCAUCUCCACAAUUAUUUUCUUUGGCAGGCCAGAAUGUCCUCAUCACUGGAGCUACCAGAGGCAUAGGUGCCGCUUGCGCACUAGCUUUAGCUCAAGCGGGUGCCUCAAUAUGUCUUGUUCAGCGUCAUUCCUCUCCGAAUACAGAGCCGAAUAUGACCACAGUGAAUACCAUUCGUGCGCUAGGCGCGAACGUGCAAGUCGUUUAUUGCGACUUGGGAGACUUGAAUUCUGUCAAGGAACUUUUCCCCAAGGCACUAGAACUCAUGGGCGGUAAUAUUCAUGUCCUGGUCAACUGUGCUGGAAUUCAGCGGAGAUCACCGAGUGUCGAUUUCUCGGAGAAGGAUUGGGAUGAUGUUCUCGAUGUAAACCUCAAGUCUGUGUGGCUUCUAUCGCAAGCGGCGGGUCAACAUAUGGUUCCGCUUAGGAGGGGGAAGAUCAUUAAUUUUUGUUCCCUGCUGACAUUCCAAGGCGGCCUUACCGUCCCGGCUUAUGCUGCCGCGAAGGGUGCUCUCGGCCAACUCACGAAGGCUCUCAGUAAUGAAUGGAGCCAGCAUAACGUCCAAGUAAACGGCAUUUGUCCGGGGUAUAUCGCCACAGAUAUGAACGAAAGGCUGCUAGCAGACCCAACACGUUUCAGACAGAUAUCGGAGCGGAUACCCGCAGGGAGAUGGGGUAAUCCUGAAGACUUUGCUGGUCCGGUCGUAUUCCUCGCCAGUAGCGCAAGUCAAUACGUCUGUGGCGAACUUUUGCUUGUCGAUGGUGGCUGGAUGGGUCGUUAGGACAAGACUGCCAUCGUUCUCACGACAAGACGGAGAAGUCGAGAGGUUGUAAAAUCUACGUAUCCGAGAAGCACUUGUAGAUGAAGUCUGUAUGCUAGGUUUGCAUCAACCACGACGGGCAUGUUGCCGUGUCAACGAGAGCAGAAAGCUAUAUCACCUUUCGGACAUGGAUCAUGGGAUAAAGCGUGUUCCACAGUAGAUAUCAUAGGGUUAGUUCAUCCAAUUUCCCAGUGUUUUGGGCUGGCUGCUUGCCCAUGUUAGUAUGGCGAGCGCCUACCAGCUCCCAAAGAUAGCCUAUCUUCCCUCAGGCCCGAACGCCG